AUGCAGGUGCCCAGCCCCAGCGUGCGCGAGGCCGCCUCCAUGUAUGGCACCGCGGUGGCCGUCUUCCUGGUCAUCCUGGUGGCUGCACUACAGGGCUCCGUCCCUCCCGAGAGUCCUUUCCCCUACCGCAUCCCCCUGGACCCCGAGGGGACCCUGGAGCUCUCCUGGAAUGUCAGCUACACGCAGGAGAUGGUCCACUUCCAGCUCCGGGUGCGGGAGUUCAGGGCCGGGGUCCUGUUUGGGAUGUCGGAUCGUGGCGAGCUGGAGAACGCCGACCUGGUCGUGCUCUGGACCAAUGGGGACAGUACCUACUUUGGGGACGCCUGGAGUGACCAGAAGGGGCAGAUCCACCUGGACUCCCAGCAGGAUUACCAGCUGCUGCAGGCAGAGAGGACCUCGGAAAGCCUGACCCUGCUCUUCAAGAGGCCUUUUAGCACCUGCGACCCCCAGGACUACCUCAUCGAGGACGGCACCGUCCACUUGGUGUACGGGAUCCUGGAGCAGCCCUUCCCAUCGCUGGAGGCCAUCAACACCUCAGUCCUGCGGACAGGGCUGCAGAGGGUGCAGCUGCUGAAGCCCAACAUUUCCACCCCGGCCUUGCCCUCUGACAUACGCACCAUGGAGAUCCAUGUCCCCGAUGUCCUGGUCCCCGGCGAGGAGACCACCUACUGGUGCUACAUCACGGAGCUUCCGGUUGGCUUCUCCAGGCACCACAUCGUCAUGUACGAGCCCAUCAUCACCAAGGGCAACGAGGCCCUCGUGCAUCACAUGGAGGUCUUCCAGUGUGCCGCCGAGUUCGAGAGCUUCCCCCAGUUCAACGGGCCCUGCGACUCCAAGAUGAAGCCCGAGCGCCUGAACUUCUGUCGUCACGUGCUGGCCGCCUGGGCCCUGGGCGCCAAGGCCUUCUACUACCCUGAGGAAGCGGGCGUUGCCUUCGGGGGCCCCGGGUCCUCCAGAUUUCUCCGCCUGGAGGUUCACUACCACAACCCGCUGAAGAAACAAGGCCAGCGCGACUCCUCGGGUAUCCGUCUGUACUACACGGCCACUCUGCGGCGUUUCGACGCGGGGGUCAUGGAGCUGGGCCUGGUGUACACGCCCGUCAUGGCCAUCCCCCCACAGGAGGAGGCCUUUGUCCUCACAGGCUACUGCACGGACAAGUGCACCCAGAUGGCCCUGCCUCCCUCGGGAAUCCACAUCUUUGCCUCUCAGCUCCACACACAUCUGACGGGGAGAAAGGUGGUCACCGUGCUGGCCCGGGACGGCAGAGAGAGGGAGAUUGUGAACAGGGACAGUCACUACAGCCCUCACUUCCAGGAGAUCCGCAUGUUGAAGAAGAUCGUGUCUGUCCACCCAGGAGAUGUGCUCAUUACUUCCUGCACAUACAAUACAGAAGACAGGACGCUGGUCACCGUGGGGGGCUUUGGCAUCCAAGAGGAGAUGUGUGUCAAUUACGUGCACUACUACCCCCAGACGCAGCUGGAGCUCUGCAAGAGUGCUGUGGACCCCGGCUUCCUGCAGCAGUAUUUCUACCUCGUGAACAGGUUCAACAGUGAGGAAGUCUGCACCUGCCCUCAGGCCUCCGUGCCCCAGCAGUUUGCCUCUGUCCCCUGGAACUCCUUCAGCCGCGACGUCCUCAAGGCCUUGUAUGACUCUGCCCCCAUCUCCAUGCACUGCAACAAGUCCUCGGCCGUCCGCUUCCAGGGUGAAUGGAAUCUGCAGCCCCUGCCGAAGAUCAUCUCCAAGCUGGAAGAGCCUGCCCCUCAGUGCCCAGCAAGCCGGGGUCAGAGCCCCAGCUGCCCCACCGUGGUCAGCAUCAAUGGGGACAAAAGUUGAGUGGGGGCCAUCUCCUUGCUCCCCCUCCUAUGCUGUCCCUGUGGGUUCAUGCCAGCUUUGUGCAUCUGAGCUCUCUGAAGACCCCCAUGAAACAGCUCUGUGUGCCCAGGAUGGAGGAGCUGGACAAUGCCCCUUCCUGAGACCUUGGUACAUUCCAGCAUUCUCCCCCUGCAUGGCCAAGAGGACCCUGUGAGAGCGCCCCCUGUUGACCCACCAGGACUGGGAGAACCAAGACCCCCUCCACAGCCUUUCAACAAAGCGUAAGGAUCACCAAGCUCAGUGGUCUAGAGUCCAGUGUCCCAGAAUCCCUGCUCAUCUUGCUAGGAGGGGCCAGUCCUCGGGGCACAUGAGCCACGCUUGGCUGUGGGCAGACUCCCCCGCGUCCCCAGCCCCUACUGAUGGAGAUUUGUGCUGCUGUGAUAAGUGCGCACACUAAACGUUUCCCUGCAGAGUGGCUCGUUUGUCACUGUGGGUGGCUUCCCUGCCCACGGAGGCAGGACAAGCCACUUAGCUCGUUAGAGACUUGCCUGGGAAAUCGCUCCAUUGCAGGGUAAAUAGAUAUUUUCACCCACCUACAGGGAAACCCUCCCAACAACUCUUGCCACUGAACACAAGACGGCAAAGAUCCAGGCGAGCAUCAGGGCGCCAGCUCCAGGGGAAGCGGAGUUAGUAGCCCCAGGUUCCGCUGUCCUCUGUGGAACAAGCAGUUAACAGCCCCGGGAAUGAGACCCGCGUUAGAAGCCUGUGACGCCUUAGUGCACAGUGACAUAGGCAGACAUUUCACCCCCUUGCCCCUCAGUCUUCUCCUCUGUAAAAUAGGGCCAGUGCUAUGCCGGCUAGCGAGACGGUAGAGCUCCCACACAGGACGGUCCCCGUGAACAUUAAUAGGGUGGCCUCGCCCCCAAGAGAGGACGCCUUGUCUGAGCACCCUCCCCGAGCUGGAUCUGGAAUGUGCCUCACGCUCUCCGGUCAGUCUCCACCUUCCUCUCCUCUGAGCUGCCUCCCAUUUAAGGCCAAGUUCAGCUCUCUGGUGGUUUCUGCAGGGAGUAACAGAUGAGGCUGUGUUCAGCCAGUUCAGCAAAACGCUGCACAGCCUCUAGAGAAGAGAGAGGGUGAUGGAUGGGCCUUCGUGUCCCCCCCACCCUUACACCCCAACAGACGUCAGCUAAGCGGCUGCUGCUCCUUCUGCAAACCACUUCAUUACAGAUGGGAACAAACAGGCACACACGCUCUGCACUGCAGCGUAUAAAUCACAGCCUCCCGCACUGUAAGUCACAGGACACCAUUGCUGUCAAAUGCCAGGCUCCAACAGAGGCUGGAGCACGGCCGGCCCUCUGUCAUCUUUACAGCCUCGGAUGGCAGGUGGAGGGGCAGCCCCUCCCUGCGAAGGGCGGGCCCUGGAGGGUGGCCUGAGCAUGCCCAGCCUCUGGCCUUGGUCUUCUGGCUCAAGAAGACCCCUUUCCUCUGAUCAAGUCCGUCUGCCAGCCCAGACAGGGGUCCCGGUCAGCCAGCGCCCUGGGAGAGACCCACAGGCUGUGGCCAAGCCUACCUCGCACCACCGAGCCCUGGCUGGCUGUCACCAUUUUGUCCCCAAACACCCAAGAGGCACUUGUGGCAUUCCAGUCUCACUGAUGAGGGAAUCAAGAUUCACAGAGGAGAAAUGCUCGCUCAGAGUCCCCUGGAGGAUUAGUGGUGAUUAGAAAUCACACCCAGUUCCAGAACCUUCCGCCAUCCACAGUGACACCCCCGCACUUCGCUCACUUUCACGCUCAGGCUGGUCCUUCUCUUCCUCCUGGGGGCAGCCUGCUGGGCUCCUCCCACCGAGACCACUGCUUGCGCGCUGCCCCACCCAGCUCCCAGCUCCGACAGCACCCCCUCCCGGGAUUGUCAUACCCAGUGCUGUUGAUAAAGUUGCCGCCACACACACUGGUUCUGUGAUAACACUCUUAAUAAACCCACGACAGA